AGUGUUUCGCCAUCAUCAACGGACGAUGAGGAAGGGUGUUUAGAGGAUGCAAUCGACAGAAAAGUUGCAGGUCAUGAACGACAGCUAGAUGCUCUAGAAGAUGAUGUUAUGGGAGACGACUUGGAUACGUCAAGCACAGAGGACACAGAUGAUAAUGAACCAUUGACUGACGAUAUAAAGAUCCCGUUUCUCUACAAGAAUGACCGAGGUAGCGUAUUAUUAUAAGCGUUAACACUGUAUAAACACAUAUAUUUCGAUACUGUUUCUCUGUUUUUAAUGGUGUAGAUAUAGGAAUAGGUUAUCAGGGCAGGAAAAAUAUAAUGCCUGACAGUAAACAACACGAUUUUACGUACUAUGCAAACAAAGUUUAUAGUAUAGAACAUGAAUUUCUCCUUGAAGCGUAUCACUCUCGACUCGUAGGUUUUUACUUGAAAGUAUAUGCGCUAAGAAGCGGGAGUAAUUUGGAAUAAUUUUCUAUUCUAACUUAUAACAAAACGACAGAAACACUACAUUCUAUAAUAAUAUCCAGCUUUAUACAGCAUGUUUUCAUUUCGAACUGGAGCGCUUUAUUAACUUUGUUAAUUACUUCCGUUCAGUGCUAGUUAAUAAUAUACUCCGGUGUUGAACAAAGCCAGCUAUCUCGAUUUCCUUCUGUCAGUUCCUUAGUCUUUGCCACAUUUGCCGUGAAGAAGAACUUUCAAGCCAAAAGUCUUCAACACUACGCAUGCAUUUUUGAAGUUCUUCUAAAUAGUAAAUUUCCCGAUCUAAGACUCAGCUCUUCGACACCUUGUGUCUAAUGUUAUACCGGUAACAGCAAAAUUUCCCUAAUUUUAACUUACCAAACUAAGAAGUAAGAAUCUGAAACAUAUUCCAUUUUCUCCCAUAAUCCGAAGUGUAUUUUCAACACAGAAAUAUAUCCGUGAAACCCUAGUAAUAUAGGCAUGAUACGUAUGUAGCUCGAUCCCUACCGCAAAAUGUGCCUCCCUUGAAAAUUGGCACUGUCCACCUGUAUAUGUUUAACUUUAUCUGUCUUUGCCUGACACAUGAAGACAUUGACAGCACUUUUAAUUCUCACCUUAUUCCAUGCUAUAUAUUUUUAAUUGUUGUAAUUAAUACCUGGCUUUCAUAUUAAUGUUUUGAAUAAACCAAUUUGUUUGGUUUAUUUUUGCCAAAUAUAUAUAUAUAUAUAUAUAUAUAUAUAUAUAUAUAUAUAUAUAUAUAUAUAUAUAUAUAUAUAUAUAUAUAUAUAUAUAUAUAUAUAUAUUUACCGAUUAACCCACGCUAAUAGCUUCCCACGAAAGUUUCAUUCGCUCGAAACGUCGAAGUCUUGUUUGUAUUUCUCAAGUAGUUGUAUAUCCUACAAUCUUUGCCAGAAACUAUGGGACAGCUGCUGUAAUUUCAUAUAAUUUGAAAGGAAUAGCGCCCCCCGUUCCCCCAGUUCAAUGUUGGACCAACAAAAAUCUGAUGUCUGGAUGCGCCACGCCAACAUUGAAACGGGUGGGGGGAGGGAGGGUGGAAAAUAUGUAUCAGGAAAUGGUAUAUUACAACCGAAUGCAUGUGAAAACUAGAUUGUCCCAAUCUAUAUUGUCAAAGAUUGUCUGUUUAAGUAAUACCAUUAAUUCAACUUAAUUCAACUUGUAGACAUCAUCAAGCUGUGUACGCAGUUAUUUUCAUAAUUUAUUCACCUCUGUUAGGUCCUUUAGCAAUUUCGUUGCACACGGAUAAUUUUCGUGUACUGUGUUAUACAAUGUUUGCGUAUGCGUGUGUUAGGAAAUAGCUAAAAUCCGGCUGCAAAAUCGCGUAUAUUUAAAAUCAGAUUUAAAGGCUUGUAGUGCCACAUUAUAGUCACAAUUAAUUCAUUGAAUUCCAUGCUUGGUAAAGGUAUUGGGACUCUAUUUUAACGGUAUUGGGACUCUAUAUUAGUGCGCACAGUAUAUUUGCAAAGUAUUAUUAUUUUAUUGUUUAAUAAUUAUUAAUGAAUAGUAGUAUAAAGUUAAAAUAAAGUUGUAUAGUUUUUCAGUACUCAGUAGUCAGGGUGCGAUAAUUCGCGUACCAACGUACCGGAGGUACGCCAAAUUUAUGGUCUGGUACCUCUUUGUUUUUAGGCAAGUACCACGUAGGUACGCGGAAAUGUGCUAUUCGCGUACUUACAUUUUACUUCUAGCAAUAACUAGCAAACCUGCCAAAGUAUUCAAAACCGUGAAGAAUUUUAGCUGUGCAUGUAAAUUCCACACAUCCGACAUAUUUUGGGAUGAACAAAGCCCAAAGGUUAUCUUUGAGCUUGAUCAAAACAUUUAUCGUCAUCGUCCGACUGAAAAAAAUUCGAUUUUAAAAUCGUUAUCGUCAAACGCCGAUAAUUUUAUCGUUUUCGUUGUAGUGUGGACGCCAACAUAAUUUUUUACCAAUCAUCGCGUGUUUACAAGUUAUAUCGUUAUCGUUUUGUGGUGAUACAUGGGCUUAAUUGUCAAUGCUAUACCAAGGCCUAAAAAAAUACCUGUGGUUCCGGUUUCCCGACCGACCCUAUUUUUUUCUGCGCACCCUAUUAUUUUUUUUCAACUCGAUUGACCGUGCGACCCAAUUUUGUCCGGAUGGUUACGGGAUGCUCGUACAGCGUGCCAAAAUGGCGUCUGUAAUUGUCACAAUAAUUAUUGAACCAACUUGCCUAAAUACGUCCGUAGGAACUACGCAUCUCUAGUUAAUAUUGAUGUCGGGACUCACCUGAAAAUCCACCAAAACCAUGGAAAAAAUAUUCAAAAAAAAAAUUUAUUUCCGACCUGCCUACCAUAAUUUUUUCGCGAUAUGAAACUGGAACCACAGGUUUUUUUUAGGCCCAAUGAGGAAAACUACACUGUAUGCAGCUGAGGUCAGACUGUUAGCACCCGCGGGAAUUCCACUGUAAAUGAGCGAUGGCAUUCGAUGGCAUUCGGUUGACGCUUUGAAAACUGUUAUAUUAUGUUGUACAAAUAUACCAUAGACAUAGUUAAAGAUUCAUUUGUACAAAAGCUUUUGGCGGACCAGUAAACUAUACGUAGGUAUAAAAACGCAUGACUCGGAAGUAGUCUUAGGCACGUCUUAAUUGACUCUUAAGUUUUUACCAGAUCAGGUACGCGGCAAAAGUUGUCGGAGUACCAGUCAGGUACGGCUAAAAAUAUUGAAUUAUCGCACCCUGAGUAGCUUCCUUAGAAUGUUUCAAAUUCGUGAAAAUCGUAUAGUAACAAAUUAACAAAGUUUUAAAGGGGCAAUGUCACCGAUUUUUGAGCAAUUCUAACCCUCGCAAAUUUUUCCCAGAACUGAAAAAGAAUGAGUGUAAGCACAAAAUAAAGCAAUAACAGACACAAAAAACAUGUACAGAAGUCUGGAUGGGCAAGAUUACGCCAGGAUUGAGAUGGAUUGUAAAUGAUAUCUUGAUUAAUUGUUGGCGGACACUUUUUCAAGUUAAGGUCAAUUUUUAUGAAAAUGUCAUGUUACAUGUUGCGUGGAAGUUCAAAGUUGUUUAAUAUGACUCAUAUAUCAUAACUUAAUCCAUUUACAAUGUUUAUUUUUAACGUUGUAGUUCAGUUUUUGAAUAAAAGGCAUUUUAGGUCAAAAAUCGGUGUCAUUGCCCCUUUAAUAAAAAAAUGAAAUAAUGAAUUGUUUUUUUUUUCAAGUUCUCAAUUUAGUAAUAAGUUCCUUAUACAUUUUAUAUAGUUAGUCAGUUAAUGACUUAGACAUUAGCCCACCUAUUGCGCAUGUUUCCCCAUGCUGUUACGACUUCAUGCAAAUCCAGCAAAAUAAUCAACAACAUCUCUGUUUAACGAAAUGCAUGCAUAAAAGAUCACUUAAUCUUUCUGGAAGAAGGGUGGAACGCAGCUUCGUGCAGAUACAAUUCAUGCCGGAAAAUGCUCUUUCCACUGAAGCGGUUGAUAUCGAGAUGGUGUUCUUAACUGCAAUUAAAGUGGUUAAGUUUGGAAGCCUCUUUGGAUUUAUUGGUAGAACAAGACGUUAAUCAAUUUCAGCUCUUUCGAUUUCUAGUUCGAGGAUAGAUCUGUGAAUGUUGAGACAGCUGAAGGUAUUCAGUAGCACAUCUAGCUCACUUAAGUCUAAGUAGGUAUCGGAACCUGCAUUAAGAGCAUUGAUAGCUCUAAGACUAAGGAUGUCUAUGUUCUUAGGCUUGUUUUAUAUGUCGAAUUUCGGUCGCGUCGAAUGCAAUUCAAACCACAGAUAAUGAGAUGAUAAACCUCAUUAAGCUUCAUUAUCUAUUCACUAUUGUUUGAAUUGCAUUCGACGCGACCGAAAUUUGACGUAUAAAAUAGGCCUUAGAGUCAAAUCUGACAUUAAACUCUUACUCCAAUAAGUAACUGUUGUAGCUCUAGUGUUGUGGAUAGGCAUUGUGUCGCAGAGAGCUAAGGGCUCUCCAGUCUUUCUUGAAAUUUCUUUCGGCUCAAUGAAUAUGGCCUCGUCUCUGAUGAUGUUAAUUGAAUUCCGAGUUCUAGUCAGCUCGUAUUGAACAUCCGUCCAAUCAAUUUCUAAUUGGCCUGAAGUUCUUUAUUAAGGAAGUAUAGCUUGCCGAGAUACUUAUGAAGUGUUGUCAGCUGACGAUGAAUUUCCCUGACAUCAGUUUGGUACAGUCCAGCUGCUGUUUCUGCCUGUGAUUUCUUAUACCCAUACUCAUCAUCUUCCGAAUCUUCAUCACUUCCACCGCCCACCGGGAUUGUUUGCAACGUCUAUCAGGGUCGUGAGGACAAUGUACAUCAAAUCUUUCAGAUAUAACAUCAACGGCUUCGUAUUUGCAACCCGAACGAACAUCGUUUUGCUGCGAAAUAUGUUUAACUUGUUUGCUAGCUAGGAUACAUUUCUCUAUGGAGUGAUUCGUACUUUUGUCUGAUCUUCGGUUUAUUGAGCAGUGUAUGGCAGGAUUUUACUGUGGUCAUAACAUCUGUUACGACAAAGUUAGACUUGCCCUCGUAGCUUAGUCCUAGACUUACAGUAUUACUCUUAGCUUUUUUACUGAAAUUUUAGGCUUAGUAUUCGAUCUUGUUUUUUCACCAAAGUUUAGUUUAGUCAUUGCUUUUUAUCUGGUCUUUUUACUAAAUUCUAAAAUUGAAUACACGUUUGGAUAUUUAAUCUUUAGACGUUUUUACGUAGUAUAUUUAGUUUUAUAAAUACUUAGUAUAAUAUAUAUGCACAAUAAUUGCAUUUAUUGAAGUUAUCAGUAAGUCGUACUCUUACUGCCAAAUGUAUCAGUUUCUUUAAAUAAAGCCUAUAAUAAUAAUAACCUACAGUACGCACGCCAUUUUCAAAUUUUUCUGGGGGAUGCUAGAAAAUUUUUUUGGGUGGGGGAGGUGCGCACCCCCCCUGCACCCCCCCUCCCCCAGAAAAUCCGCCCUGUUUAAAGAAAACUGACAUCUGAGCCAUCUUGUUAGCAUAACUAAGCGCGUAUAUGUGACAAUGAGAUCAAUAUAGAAACGAAUCUCACCACGAAUCUCGCGAAAUUUUCAUUGGCUCACCCGCCAUAAAAGCCUUAAAAGCAGACAUUAUCAAACAAAUUCACCCUGCGCAUUUAAAGUCCAACAUAUUUUACCAGAUAGCACGAUUUUACAAGUUUUCGUAACGAACUGACUAAGAUACGAAUGAUUUUCUAGCAACGAUUCUCACUUUGUGUCCUAAAAUAGCCAAUGAGAUAUAGAUUUAUUUACAGUUUAGUAGUGAGCUUCGUUCAAAAACGAAGUUAAAAAGGGAUAUCUGCAAAGUUAACCGAUUGUAAUUAAGAAAAAUGGUUUCUUGUUCCCAUAUGGAUAUAAAACGUAAGAUAAGUAAAAUUUAUAGUAACGCGAAUCAGCGUUUUUAGACCGAGAAUCGUUAGUGAGCAUCGUGUAAUUUGAGACGUAUGAAAUUUGACUACUGUCUGCUUUAUGAACUGUGCUAUAAAUAUUAUACUGCAAAUGAAAUUUAGCUUGGAAAUGGCCCCAGUUCUCAAGUAUAAGUUGUAAAAGGCGAAAACAAUGCAUAUUUAUUUGUCUUUCCCCGCAGUUUGAUAUGUUGUGAGAUGAGAUUUAAACCUAUUCGACUCACAAACAGAUUAUUUCUGAAUAGUUCGGUUCCAGGUUCGUCGUAAUUAUGGCCUUUUGCAUCAUUCCAAAGACAGCAUGUAACGUUUGAGUAAAUUUCCGCGGAUUUUUCACAAGGAAGAUAGCGAUGAUGAUAUUAGACGUGAAUAUAAAUGUCCUUAUUAAGCAUUAUAUCUAGUAGCACACGUACCUGUAAUGGUAUAUACAGUGUUAAAAAUAACCCCUCCCCCCGGAAUGAAUGGAUAGUAUCUAAAACUACCAAAACUUUGCCCACAUAUGCUUUGCUACUGGAAUAUACGUUAUUCGGCGGUAUAAACUUAGAACUAAAACGUUUAAUUACCAACUUCCAAACACCAUUGUUCACCACCAAGACAAUCUUUGCCAGAAACUAUGGGACAUGCAGCUGCUGUAAUUUCAUAUAAUUUGAAAGGAACAGCGCCCCCCGUUCCCCCAGUUCAACAAAAAUCUGAUGUCUGGAUGCGCGGCGCCAACAUUGAAACGGGUGGGGGGAGGGAGGGUGGAAAAUAUGUAUCAGGAAAUGGUAUAUUACAACUGAAUGCAUGUGAAAACUAAAUUGUCCCAAUCUAUAUUGUCAAAGAUUGUAGCUAUAUAUACUGCUGCUACAGAUAUGUCAAUCUUUAUUUCCCUGUUACACUUCAUUUCAGAAUCAGCAGAAGACGUUGAAGAAGAGCUCAAUCUGUGGACGCUGUCUGAUCAGGAACGUCUGAAUUUUAUUUGCGCUUUACAGUGCAAAAUUGUUCUUGAAUUUAGCGAAGCCGUAAAUUUGUACGAAGAAGUAAGUAAUAUUUAACCUAUACAGAGCUACAUUAAUUUUCUAAAACGUGGCCAAAGUUAUCAGGCAUACGAAGUAAAUGAAAUGAUACAAGAAUCGAAAUUCAGCGAAACAAAAAUUACAGUGAAAUAAAAAUGUGAAAUAUGACUUAAAAGGCCCUGAGAAACAAGACAAAUUAGACUAAAAUUGAUGUGUACAUGAUUUAAAUAACCUUCCAAUGAUUGGUUGUAUUAGCCAAUUUUUAAGAAGGCAUCAUUGAUUGUUUACGUCUACUGGCAUUCGGUUUGGCAAUGUUUUGAGCUAGUCCUAGGUAAGCUUUUUUAUUUUUUAACGACAAAAUGUCUGUAAAAAUUCAAAAAGAUAGCUAGUAUAUAUCUAUUUUCAUAAAUUAAAUGCGCUAGAAUCCAUUCCCAAAAACACUAGAAAACCAAUUUCUGUUGUGACAGAAACUAUUAGUAGAAUAUACGCAGUGACGAAGUGAAUGGAAAUUUAUCCAUGCUUUGUUUUUAUGCCAAACUAUAAUACCAUUCAGUGGUGGAUCCAGCAAAGUUUUUUUGGGGGGUGCUAACCAAUGGCGAAACGAGCGCCGAAGGCGUGAGAUUUCUAGGGUGGUCCGGGGGCAUACUCCCCCGGAAAAUUUUUAACCCCCCCCCCCCUCCGGGGGGCUCGUAUAAGAACGGUUUGGGUUUUUUCUCCGCAUAUAAACCGGUUUAUAGCUAGCUCAACGAAUUUGAAAUAACUGGUAGCGCAAGACCACAUUGUUCAUUUGCCGUCUAUUUUGUUAUCUUUAAUUUGUAAUUUAAUCGUCUCCUCAUGAAGACCUAAUGUUAACCCUCGCUACGCUUGGGUUAAAAUGGAUGAGAACACCAACUCCAUUUUUACAUUAUAAACGAAAUCUUGAUUUUAACAACAUAAAUCGAUAUAAGUUUGUUGUUAUAGUUUGGUCACUUUCUUCAGAAACCGUUUAGCCGUAUUUCCAUAAUUCGGGCAAGUCCGAAAGUUGGUGUUGCCAGUUUAAUUAGUUAUUCAAUCUAGUCCACAAAUCUCAAUCUGACAGUAAAUUUAAUGUAGUAAUACCACAAAAUAUAUUGGGAGGCCAUUUAUGGACGCCUUGUAUGUAUGACCGUGUUAAUUCGCAAUAAUUUCUCUUCUAGAAUGCAAAGUGCCAUCAGGAUUUCUUGGAUGAUCGUACUGUUAAUAUAUUGGAGGAGUAUGAUGUUAUUGGUAUGACCGUUACUGGAGCUGCAACUCGAUUACACUUGUUGGGUAUGUGCUUUCAUCUAGACAUAUUCGUCAGAGUGCAUAUAGACAUGUGGCAUUAACGAAUUGAAAUUAUCAGCUGUUGUUCAGAUGUUGGGUCAGUGGUGAAUGCAUUAUUCUGUGUGGGACUCGUAGAGGCAAAUGCUUGAAGCGAUUGUGAUCAUGAUCGUUUAUGAUCGCAAGAAAGUGCAUAAUAAUCAGUUCUAUAAAUUAUCUUGCUCAGCGACAUGGAGAAAGAGUGCUUUAAUUCAGUCUAAUUCUACCAAACAUCGAAAGUUAUCCCCAUGCAGAGGCCUGUGUAAUAGCAGAUAUAGAAAAUUAACGUAUUGACUAUAUAGUUUAGUUUAAAGUAUAUUAUACUUGAGUUUUUUUAUUCUAAUAACUGUAAAAUUUUGAAAACUUCAUUCGCUUGUAAAAGUCUCAUCGCACUCAUGAUUUCAAUCUUAGAGUCACUACAGUGUAGAAUGAAAAAGGUAAUCAGCGUCCAUCCAAAUAGGUGCAUUCUACAAGGUUAAUAUUCAACCAUUGAAUUCAGCAAGUAAACGCAAAAACAGGGGGAAAUCAGUAAUAUUUCAAUUUUAUUAAGAAAACCAUUAUAUCUGAUAUCAACAAUGUGGGUAAUACAACAGCAAUCAACCUAUGGUAUUUACAUAAUGAUAGAUUUACACACUACAAAAGAUUUUUAUUUUAUGUACAAUUCCUUUACGUGUAAAGCCUGGUUCACAUUGAUCGUAAACAUCGGCGAUGCCCAUUGUCGGUGGUCAUUGAUGCAUAAAAUGUUUUGUGCAUUUUCUUCUUCGUUGCUCACAGACAAUGGAUCGUAGAACAUCGCCGAUCAAUGUGAACCAGGCUUAAGUAAAUUUUAUGUAAUAAUGUUUAUCGUUGUUUUUUUGUCAUUGGCUAACGUUUUUUUAUCCCCAUGAUUGAGAGUCAAAUUGGAGGGAAUUGCAAUAAGUAAAAUACCUUAUUUGCUUAAAUCCAGAAUUUGAAUAUUAUAUCACACAAGUUUGGAAAUGACUGACUGUGUGAUUUUGUUCUCUUGAAAAGCAAAAAAUGUACAGUUAUAACAUCAAACGAAAUUCACCAUCACGUAAAUAAUAAGUUACAAGCCAAAUUUGAAAUUUGGGCGCCAAAAUUCCAUAUCAGGCUAAGACCUUAAUGAAGAACUGAGUUCAUUGACUAUACGGUCUAUUUUAUUCGGAACUUUGCGAUUUUUCAACAGGCAAUAAAUCGACGAUUUUUCUGAUGAUGACAUUUGACGAGCAUUUGCAUCCCGUCUAUCCGGACAAUUUCGAUAAGAACCCAUUUUUUAUGCAUGAAAUUUAUAUACUUCUAAACUUUUAUCAACUCUAAAAAGUUUGAAUAAAAUUUUAAAAAAUAUAAUAUCCAAGGUAUUUUUUUUUUUUUUUUCUGAAAGUAGCGUUUUUGUUGUUGUUUCAAUUAAGCAAACGCAUUAAUUUAUGCAAAUGUAUUUUGUGAAAGAGUUGCCGGCCUAUGGCCCAUACAGACCGAACGCGAAGUGAAUUUUCAUUUUUUUAAAAUAAAUAAAUUAAAACUGACAACGGAUGAAACUAAUUUUACAAGAUAUGCUGACCAAAUAGCUAAAAUUGGUUAAGGUUCCGAAUAGUUGAAAAACACGGAAAAAUAUUAAAUUAAAUGUCAUUGAAAAUUCGCGUCGCGUUGCCAAAUCGCGUCCGGUCUCUACGGGCCAUUAGGAUAAGUUGUUCAAGUGAGUGGCUACACAAUUAUCCGGAAAGAUAGAGCAAACGGAAUUCGCGGCGGAGGAGUCUGUACUUAUAUACGGGAGAACAUACCUUACAAAGUGCGCGUAGACUUGUCACAUUGUUCUAUCGAAUGCCUUUGGACUACAAUCCGACCUAAGUGGCUCCCAAGACGUAUUUCACGAAUAGCGAUAGCAGUUGUAUACCUCCCACCUCUUACUUCAAGUCAAGAAAUAGAAACAUUUUACGAUUAUCUCUGCUAUUGUGUCGAUACACUGGUUUUAGAGAGCACAGAAACAGCCUUCAUAGUGACUGGUGAUUUUAAUCCAAAUAGUAAUAAUUUCAACCAAAAACGUCUCAAAACUUUGUGAGGUCUGAAACAAGUCGUCCGCGUCCCUACGAGAAAAGGUGCCACUUUGGAUUUAAUUUUUUCUAAUGUCGCAUCCUUUUACUCCAAUCCCUUAGCUUUAGCUCCAUUAGAUUCAACGAGAUAAAGCUUUUGCGAAAGGAGAUAAACAGAAAUUCACAUCGUUGCGUAACAAAGUUCGUGAAGAAAUUAAAAAGGAAAAACAAAAGUUUUACCGGGUCAAAGUAAAACCAUUACAGUCUAAUAACCCAAAAGAUUGGUGGAAAAGUAUCAAACGUAUAUGUGGAAUAAGCAAGAACCAGAAAAUUAACCUUGUUAACCCAGACUCUGGUGAACCUCUAACCUCAGAAGAAUCAGUAGAGUGCAUUAAUGAUUAUUUAAUUAACUUAACUAAGGAGUAUAAUAAAAUAUCAAUCGAUCUACAGCUGGGUGGAGACGAUCUUGAUCUUCCUACCAUUUCAAGGGAAUGUAUUGCACAAAAGCUGAAAGAAAUCAAUAUCAAUAAGUCCCCAGGUCCCCACCAACGAAAAUUAUCAAACACUUUGCGGAGCAGUUAUCCGGUCCACUAACAGACAUUAUUAACACCUCCUUUCAAGAGAAAUGUUUCGGGGAGAUUUGAAAGCAUACAACUGCUGCCCUAUCCCAAAGUCAAAUCCAUGCACUUCAGUAGGAGAUAUUAGACCAAUUGCCCUUACAAGUGUAUUUUCAAAAAAUCUAGAAUCAUUUGCACUGGAUUGGAUGUUGGAAGAUUCAAGGGACUGUCUCAGCGACGUCAAUUUGGGGGAAUUCCUCUUUCGUCGUCUGUAUUAGCCCUGCUCGAAAUGUUACACGCAUGGCUUGUCGCCUUGGACAAACCCAAAUCGGUAAUUAGAAUCGUUUUCUUGGAUUUUUCCAUGGCAUUUGACCUUAUAAAUCAUAACAUCUUGCUGAAUGACUUUAAAUCUGUUGGGGUUCGUCCCGCUUUACUACCAUGGUUAGCCUCGUACCUAUCCGACCGGUUACAGAGGGUAAACAGAGAUGGAUCGACAUCGUGUUUUAAAAAGAUCAACGCAGGGGUACCUCAAGGAAGUAAAAUCGGCCCGAUAGCAUUUAUUACCAAAAUUAAUAAACUACCAGAUUUGGCACUCACUGACAAAAAUUUAGGAAAAGAACAUGUUUCAAUUUUUAUGGACGAUACUACCCUAUCAGAGAUUCUCAAUAUAAAUAACCCUGAAACCCACCCAGUGAGCAACAUCCAAGCAAAUGUUGAAAGAAUUUCAAAAUUAUUUUCAAGAGAGGAAAACAUGAGGUUGAACUUGAAAACAACUAAAGAAAUGGUAAUCGACCUUCGAAUUGUGAAAUCUGAAAUACCAGUGAUUACGAUAGACAACAUUCCUAUUGAAAGAGUACAAUCCCACAAGCUAUUAGGCAUUUGACUUCAAUCAGACCUCAAAUGGCAUACUAAUACCUUUUUUAUUAUUAAAAAGGCCAGGAAACGCGUAUAUUUUUUAAAGAUGUUAAAGAAAUAUGGCGCGCCAGUAAAAGAUCUAUUAAAGUUUUAUUGUUCAGUGAUUCGAUCGGUUUUGGAAUACGGUGACAUAUUAUGACAUGGAGGUCUAACGUUAUCACAAAGUCAAGAUAUUGAAAGAAUCCAAAAAGUGCUCUAAGGAUUAUGACUCCUGACCUAAGUUAUGAAGAUGCACUUGCUUCGUCUAAACUACUUCCACUUAAUCAGAGACGGGACAUACAUUGCAGUGACUUAAUUAAAAACAUGUCCUCCCCGUCACAUAAAUUACACUACUUAUUACCUGUGAAAGUGGGAAACAUUACUUUAAAAGUAGAACUGAUCGUUUUAAGAACAGUCCACUAGUCUAUGCUAUUGAUAAAUACAAUAAUAAUAUAUAAUGUUCUUAUACUAGAGGUAAAUGGAUAUAGUUUUAAUAACAUUUUAAUAUAUUAGUAGUAUGAACUAUGUAAAUACAUGACAAUUAAGUUAUCAUUUUCCAUGUAUACUAUUAAAACCCAGUAUUAUUAUAUAUAAAAUACAAUGACCUAAACAUCGGAAACUGCAUAUAUAUUGAGCUACACAAUAAACGCUUGCCAGCAAAUUCAGACGCGUUUUGUACCUAUUACUGAUGCAUUUAAUGCAUUUUUAAGUCAAUACACACAUUAGCUGGGCUGCCUAUGGUUCAACACAAAAACAAUUGUUCGUGCUAAAUUACUUUAAUGAGGAAGGCAUCUAUUUAUAUUAAGACCUUAGCACUAUCUUUAAAAUACAGGCUUACGUAGUUACGUGUUUCCGGGAAAUUAUAUUUAUAUACUUAAUAAAUAACCGAAAUUUAUGUAAAUAUUAUCUGUAACUACAAAUUAUAUGAAUGCUGAUUUUAUAGUUUUUAUGGCAAUGUAAUUUCGAUAUUGAACACAAAGAAAAUAGCAGGAAGUCGGUACCAGUAUAUAUAUAUAUAUAUAUAUAUAUAUAUAUAUAUAUAUAUAUAUAUAUAUAUAUAUAUAUAUAUAUAUAUAUAUAUAUAUAUAUAUAUAUAUAUAUAUAUAUAUGUAUAUAUAUAAUUCAGUCAAGGUUUGAAUGUUUGCGUCGCUACUCUGAGUUUCACGCUUUACGCGAUCAUCAGGCAACUGACAGAUAUUAUUCAAUAUUCAUAAUAAAUAUAGGUUAUCAUUUUACAACUUGAUUAAGCAGGUAUCUGGUUACAUAUAUAUAUAUAUAUAUAUCCAAUUAUGAGUCGAUUUUCGCUGUAUUCCUCAAGCGCCUGGUCACAGAAUACUACAGAGAAGUCCAUCUCCAUUGCUUUUUGCGUAAGCUUUAUUCGUCAUGAUUCGUCACUCGGCAAGUACCGUAAACAGAAGCAGUCCCACCCUGGUAAUACUAAAAAAAUGGCGCACGUCCAGGGGCGUGACUUCUUCUGUUUUCGGUACUUGCUGAGUGACGAAUCAGGACGAAUAGAGCUUGCGCAAAAAGCAAUGGAGAUGGACUUCUGUGUAGUAUUCUGUGGCCUGGUGGUGGUUUUGUGAAUAAAACUGGGAACUUUGUCUAUUUCGAUCCUCUUUGUGUUUUUUUUUUCUCAAAAACCUUGGGUUGAAUAUUGUAGUUGCAUGCACCUAUUUGGAUUGCCCUUCUUCCUUUUUCAGCCAUGAUAAUGAUGUUUAUUAAAAAUUAUGCUAACAAUUUUAGAUCAGCUGAAGCCAUGCGCUGUGAUCGUUGAAGAAGCUGCAGAAAUAAUCGAGGGGCAGUUAAUUUCAGUCCUCCCGCCCAGUAUAGAGCAUUUGGUAAUGCUAGGAGAUCAGGAGCAGCUUCAACCUCGUGUAAAUUGUUACAAACUGACGCAAAAGAAUCUUGACUGCUCCAUGUUUGAACGAUUGAUAAAUAACAAGAUGCCGUUUCAACAGCUUGGAAAACAAUGUCGAAUGCGAGAUGAUAUUGCCGAUCUCCUUCGGUCACUAAACAUAUACAAGGAUUUAAAGACAAACAAGGAGGUAGGAUUCACUUUUCAUUAAACUUUGUUUUUCUAACGUCAGUAAGUUUUUCCUGUCUUGUCUUAAUAUUUUAUUAUUAAUGUAACAGAUGUUAGGGUAUGUUUGUUGUUCAUUACUCAGAAGAUACAAAGUUCAUGCACAUAAAUCGUCCGCCAUGUCGUAUACGUGCAUUUGUAAAAAGGAACGGUGCCCUCGAUUAAAAUAUAAAUUUUGAAAAGAAUUUUUAAAAAAUUAACUAAGAUACAAAGUUGGAAACCUCGACGACUAUAUGCAGUGGGAUAAAAUAGGCCUAUAGUUGUAUUUCGUUCAGUUUGACAUUAAUGUGAUAAAGAAUAAAGGCCAGGUGACACUACACAUGAUGGUAGCGAUACGAUUACUAUAGUAAAUAUGCACUGAUUUGUAAAAAAAUUAUCGUUAUCUUCUAAGUGAAAAAAAGCUCGAGUGCUUGAUUUGAUUUGAUUUGAUUUAAAAUCGUUAUCGUACCUUUGUUUUCAAAUAUCUACACCAAAUUUCGGCCCAUGUACCACGACAGUGCCCUACCUAUUGCACAUGCAAUAGCCUAACCCCCUAUAGCAUAGACAGAUUUUCAGACUUUGCUUGGUGGCGGGUGCCUAAAAUUUAGGUGGAGGUGACUGGCGGAGCGCUGUCGAAGAAGCUGCAGCAAGGGUCCGGGGGCACAGUUAGCUACUAAUGGGGAGGUAAGCUGGCGAAGUUAAUCUCCCAGGAAAUAUUGAGAUUUUUGGUCUUAUAUUUAGUUCAAAAUCCUUAUUUCAAUCACGCUGCUAUCAUUCAUCCCAAUGAAUAUUAAAACAUAUUUCACGGGUGCAAAUUUCUCUAGGUGAGGUGGGGAAGUUUUUUCUUGGAGGAAGGGGGAGGUGCGACCCACAAUGAUCCUCCCAGAAAAUCCAUCCAUGUCCUCUAGUAAUUUUAUGUUUUUUUCUUAAAAAGAAAACCUGCAAUAAUAAACCACCUGAUUGCAUUGGAGCUAGCCUGUAUUUUGUGAAACACACUGCACAGGAAAAACAGAUAAAAGGAUCAAAUAGCUUGUACAACCAAAAGGAAAUUCUCCUGAUCUUGGACGUCGCCGUGCACUUGAUGAAGAACGGAUAUCCUCCUGAAUACGUGACAGUGCUUUGCCCUUACCGUGGACAGGU